UCAUCGAUCUCUUGAAAUGGAAAAAUAUAACCAGUACAAGAAUAAAGUUUGGGAACUCUUUGGGACUGUUUAUAACGGGAUGGAAGCAGAGGACGACGAGGAGAUCAGUGACAGUAAUGAGAGAUCCGACGAAUCUAGCGAAGUUUGGGACUGUGUCGGGGGCGGGGGCGGAGGUGACGAGGGCGGAGGAGACGAGCAGCUCUUUCAGAUCAGCCGGCUGCAGCAACACGCCACCUCGGAAACUAGCUUCAACCGGCAAAUGGUGGGCCGUAUAUUGGUGGAAAUGUUUCGCGCGGCAGUCAACAAUAAACUAACACUGGUCGUCGAGGAUGUUAUGCAGCAUGUACAGCUCAUCAUCGACGAUAAUGAUGCUUUGGUUCGGUCGGAUUUGGUGGAGCAAAUCCCGAAUGUGGCGAUCAUCUGUCUCGAGGCGCCGGAUCUCUUUGGGGAUGUUCUGCGCAAUCAUUUGCUCGGUAUUAUAAUAAAGUACCUGAGUGAUCCGGACAACCAGGUACGACAAAUGGCUCAGAACGCGCUCAUGACGAUCGUGAAGCGGGAUCUUCUCGACAAUGAUACAAUCGAGCAUGAAAUCUGUCCCACGAUAGAACAUUUGUCCUACAUAUCGGCCGACGAGCAUCUUCGUAACGCAAACAUCUCCCUCAUGUGUCGACUAGCACCGCUGAUUGGUAGCGAACUUACAGAGAAGGUCUUUUUAAGACAAUACUUGGAUCUGUGCGAGAAUAACGAUAUGAUGGUGAGGAGAACCUGCGCCACGCAUUUCGGGGAUAUGUGUGUCGCUGUGGGGAAGGAAAAACUGUAUAGCAAAUUGAUUCCUACCUUCGUCGAUUUGUGCGGUGACAGAGUGUGGGGUGUUCGAAAAGCGUGCGUCGAGGUCAUGAUGCCGGUCGCUUGCUGUUCGACACCCGAGCAACGCCGAUUGUUACUAGCGGACAUAUUAGCAAAGCAUUUGAACGACGAUUCCAAAUGGGUGCGAAUAUCUGCUUUUCAGAUACUCGGACCGUUCAUAUCGACCUUUGCCAAGCAAUUUGCCGAUGUUACUUAUAAUAAGCAUGGCGAGUUAGUGUACACUAGUAAACAAGAUAAUCAUCUCAGCCUAUGUUACUCAUACGAAGGAAUCUUUCCUACAAAGGGCGCGAUCAAAAGUCAAAUAUCUGAUAUGGAUGAUAAUACCAAAAGCCCCUUUUACCUGCCUAUGAUAAAUGUGAGACAUGAUAAUGUUAAGACAUCAGAUUCCUCGGAGGGGAAUGAUUCCCAGAAGAAAGAAGAAAAUCCCAAUUGCUAUUUACCUUUCCGAAUUGUUAAACUCCAAAGCAUGCGAAAAAAGCAUAAACCUUUUCCUUUGCUCAAGACAGAUGUGGACGAUACGGAGAAUUAUAAUCCAUUUUUGUAUUAUUACAUCCCUCCAGAUAUACCGUUGAACGACGAACUUACUCAUGCUGCGAGGCAAUCAGCGAUGAAUCGUAAUAAGGAGGAAGCUAAGAAGGAAGCAGCAGAUAUAUUAAUGUUUCGACAAGAAGUCGGAAAAUAUAACGAAACUUACAUCAAAAAGGGAAGGAGGAGAAGGCACAAAGUGAGUGACGAGGAGAACUCAAAUACGGAUGGGCAAUCUGACGUCGAUAAGCUCGAUAAUCGAAAGGAGGAGACAGACGACGAUGAUGACGGAGAUUGCCUACCGUUAUCGCAAGACACGACGGAAUCUUUGGACGAUUCUCAAGAUUUACGGACGAAUUUAUGGACUAUAUAUCAUAUGGACUCUAUGGAUAAGAGUGACGAGUCCUGUGAUUUCAGCAAGAACUUAGACGCGAAGGAUAACGGGCAACAGAUUGUACCUCAGGAAUUAAUCAAUUACUACGUAUCGAUGGCCGAUCCGGAGCAAUGCGUAGACAUGGGUGCCGAGAUCCCACAUCAUUGUGCCUUCAGUUUUCCCGCAGUCACGCUCACGCUGGGCGCGGAGAAUUGGCAUUAUUUGAAAAAGGCUUAUCAGUCGUUGUCGAGCGCGAAACAUUGGAAGGUCAGACAUACUCUAGCGUCCAGCAUUCACGAGAUCGCCAUGAUUCUAGGCGAAGAACUCACUGCCACCGACCUCGUGCCAAUCUACGAUGGUUUCAUCAAGGAUUUGGACGAGGUUAGAAUAGGAGUACUCAAGCACCUCGCGACCUUUUUGAAAAUACUCAAGCCCUCCGAUCGCUGCCAAUAUUUGCCGAGGUUAAGCGAUUUCCUCGCCACGGACAACGAAUGGAACUGGAGAUUCAGGGAGGAACUUGCUACGCAACUGCUCGAGAUUGUGACUCUAUUCAAUCUAAACGACGUAGCACAAAGUAUCGCGCCGCUAUCCUUUCAACUGCUUAUCGAUAAGGUUGCCGCUGUUAGGAACAUCGCGCUUGAACUAAUUACACGAAUUAUGUGCUAUUUAUCCACCGACNGCGCUCUGGUUACGUCUCUUAUUCAUGAACUCCGAGACACUCUAGUUUUAAAUGCUAAAAAAUGGAUACACCGACAAAUUUACGCACUCGUGUGCUCUCACUUGAUUCGCAACAACGCAAUUACGGGAAGCAAGUUUUCUAAAGAGAUGUUACCAUGUUUGAUAAACCUAUCUGUCGACAGAGUACCUAACGUAAGAUUAGUUGUAGCGAGAACUAUGGCAACGGAUGUUAUUGGAAUGGGCUUAAACACUUUGGGUAUGGAAGCGAUGGAAGAAGUGGAAAGAAUACUUGCAAAAAUGUGCGAUGACGCUGACCGAGAUGUGCGAGUAUUCGCCGGAGGUGAAGCACGAUUAGAUGAAAUGACUUAUUCUUCCGACGAGGACAACCAAGUCGAACAUGCAAAAUAUUUAUUAUUUUAAUAGUGAUGUAUUUUGAUCUCGUGGAUCACACUGCGGUUUUAUAUGCAAAUUAAAAAAAGAACGAAAACUCUUUUUAUAUAUAUACAUAUAUCACAAGAUGCACCUCGGUUCUUCCACACGAGUGACUAGUUUUUGUAUAAAUGGUAAGCCAAAAGCCAUGCGCUAGGUACUAACUAGCUGCGAAUGUCAUGCUUCGAUCGCAAAUGUACCAGAUCUGCGUGGAUAGUUACAGUUGCAAAUACGUUGAUGAUGUAUUAAAACAAAGCUCAAAGUUGUCAAAUGCAUAGCGUUCGCGAUUUAGUCGAAAAAUAGGUACGAUACAAUUAUACAAUGAUGACUGAUGCAUUCUUUGCGUCCUUUAAUCUAGGACAGAAUUGUGAAUAUCGAUAAUCGUAUACAUAAUGAUGCAUGAUUACAUAAUGAUGCAUGAAUGUAUGUGUAUGUGUAUGUGCGCAAAAGAAUGCGUGUUCUACCGUUGUGAUCAAUGUGUAACGCUGAUCUCCAGAGUGAGCCGAAUAGUUGAAGGCGUUAUAUCGAUGCAAUUUCGCUUGGUUUAUUUCACGAAUGUUCGAUUUUACUACUUAUCGGCACUAUAUCGCGUUUCGCGUUAUUUUGUAGCAUUUUUAUUGUGCACCUAAUUUGAAAGAGACGCAGCAUAGCAUCAAAAUAUAAAUUAUACAUUAAUGUGAGGCGCAUUUUGCUUAAAUUGAUGAUAUUUAGGAAUAUGCCAGGCACGAAAAUAUCUUAGAUGGUUUGUUAAUAAAAAAUCGUAUUGACAAAUUGACACACCGAAUCCGUAGUCUCUAUCAAUAAAUGCGCUUUAUCAUCGCAUUUUAUUUUGCAUUUAAAGAUUAUCUCAAUGGAGAUAUUUCAUUCGAUAAAUAUCCAGAAAACGAUACAAAUAUCGCUGUUAAUAGUUGAAGGCUUAUAUUAACAAGGUGAUAAGAUUCUAAUUGUAAUAAAAUUCAUAUAGAUAUAUAUAAUAUGUUUGCAUUUCUUUCAAAUAUUUUUUUAACAAAUUACGCUGUGUGCCUACAGAAAGUACUGUUACGUCGUCUAUCUCAUUGUCAGUGAAACGCGAAUUAUAUACGUUGCUCACGAUACACUUCAAUUUGUAUGUUAUGCCUAAAUUGAUAAGAUAAAAAUAUUACAUGGACGCGAAUCAAUUUUAUUACACCACUUGUUUUUCAAGAAUUACACAAACGAACGUGAAAAAGGAAGAUCCAUAGGAAACUUUAUAAAUAUUGUACGAUAUCAGAUUUUAUAACAUACAGAAAUGUGCAAAGUGCUGAUGAAGCGGAGAGUCUUGCGUUUGAUUGAAAAAGAAAGAAAAGAAAGUUGUAUAGAGACUCAAAUAUUUGCACGAGAAACAUAUGUUCGUUAUGAAACGUUCAUUAAUAUUUUGUGAUAUUAUUAUUAUUAUUAUUA